ACAGUCCAAGGAUUGUUUAACUUUAUGAGAUAUGCCACCAAAGCCAAUCCCUACGCACUUUUUGUGCAUACCUUUGGUUACUGCGACGUCCCGCCAACAACUCGGCGCGAGUCUCUCCUCCUUUCGAGCAGAUGUCACGAGUCUCGAGAGUUUUGGUGUUCCGGACCAAGCCAUUCGGCCUAUCGGGACGCUUCAUCUUACCCUCGGUGUGAUGAGAUUCCCGGAGGAUGAGGGUCUCGAGAAAGCUGUGGCACUACUGAGAAGUAUUAUACCGCGACAACUACUGGCGGAUAUUGCUGUAUCACCACCGGCAGUAGAGGAAGGAAACGGGACCGGUCCUCUGCCUUCUACGUUGUCAGUGACGCUGAAAGGGUUACACUCAAUGCAAUCGCCAGCCAAAGCCUCGGUACUGUAUGCACCUCCUGUUGACAGUGGCUCCUUGACCAAGUUCUGUGAGAAACUACGAUCGGUCUUCCAAGAUGCCGGGCUUAUGAUGGAAGACAAUCGACCCUUGCUUUUGCACGCUACGAUCCUGAAUACGAUUUACGUCAAAGGCAAAGGUGCCUCACGGGGAGGCAAGGGCAAGGGUCGUGAAAGACUCACGAUCGAUGCCCGCCAGAUUCUUGAUAGAUAUGACGACUAUGUGUGGAUUGAGAACAGCCCUGUUGAGAAAGUUGCUAUAUGUAAGAUGGGCGCGAAGAAGCAAGAAAAUGGGGAUGAAAUCUACGAGGUUGAAGCCGAGAUCGAUGUGGUCUGAGCCUUGUUGACAAGCCAAAUUUAUCCAGACCAUAGGACACUCGUUCAUGUAUUUACAAUCCAUUCUUUGAAGACGUAAACUCAGAACUGCUCAGAAGUACGAGAACAGUUUCCACCCUUCUGUAGCUGCCUGAAUUACAGGGGUCCAAGGGCCCUGAUGGUCUGAACUCGGCCGCCCGAAAAGGGCAAACUAACAGCGAGCUCAGCCA